AUGCAUGAAGGUGUUCUGCCCCUAGCUAGAGAUGUUGAAAGAUGGAAACAUCAUGAUCCUGGCUUGGAUGCUCAACUCGAUGGAAGGGAUGAGUCUUUAGCCCACUUGUCUGGAAAAGGGAAGUAUGAUACCAUUAAAAACAUAGAUGCAAACAAGGAGCAGAUAGCUGAUAAGGCUGGAGCCGACGAGGAUACGGUUGAGGAGAGUUUUCUGCUUAAGAGAGCCGAUGGGGUUGGAGUUGAAGAGAAUGCGACUGAUGAGAUUGGAGCCGAGGAGGAUGUCAACAAGGAGGAGUCUCUUGCUAAAGUCUCAAAGUAG